AUGGGAAACAAGAUGGCGAUGCCCCAACAAAAGCGUGAGAAGCCGACACACGCCGCGAUGAAGGUCGCCGUGAAGAGCGGACGACGUGGCAUCGAGAAUGCGAACAAGUUGCCGACGGUGGCGCCGAGACGUCAGUGUCUUGUGAGACUUCUUAAGAUGAAUCGGAUUCAUGACUAUCUUCAGUUGGAGAAAGAGUACAUCUCCCGCCAAAACAGCCGAACUGGCCGUCCAUUGGCUCAACAGAAACGCCGAGAGCAGCAACUGGUCCAAAGUCUUCGUGGGACUCCAACAACACUCGCCAGAAUCCACGAACUUUUUGAUGAUGAGAAGCACGCGGUCGUAGUGGUCGAAGGAUCGAAACGCGAAUGGUACAUCCCCAUCCUCUCCAUAGUUGACAAGGAUCUUCUCCGUCUGAAUGCCCUCGUCAUGGUGAAAGCUGGUGGAAUGUUCAAAACGGUGCCAACAGCUAUCGUCGGAGUUCUCGACGACAAAAUUGACAGCAACGCCAGCGGACACAAAGUGGAGAAGUGCCCCAAAGAAUCGUUUGAUGAUAUUGGAGGAUGUGAGAGUCAGAUUCAGGAGCUCAAAGAGUCUGUUGAACUUCCACUCACCCAUCCGGAAUACUAUGAGGAGAUGGGAAUCACUGCUCCUAAAGGUGUCAUUCUUUAUGGAGAACCUGGAACUGGAAAGACGCUUCUUGCCAAGGCAGUGGCCAAUUCAACAUCAGCCACUUUUAUUCGAGCAACUGGAUCGGACCUGGUGCAGAAGAAUAGUGGAGAGGGAGCUCGUUUGGUUCGACAAAUCUUUCAAAUGGCUAAAGAUCAAGCGCCAUCAAUCGUCUUCAUCGAUGAGAUUGAUGCAGUUGGAACGAAACGAUUCGACACUUCUUCACGUGGAGAGCAGGAAGUUCAACGGACACUUUUGGAGUUGUUGAAUCAGUUGGAUGGAUUUGAAAGUCGUGGAGAUGUCAAAGUGAUUAUGGCCACCAACCGUAUUGACUCUUUGGACCCCGCCUUGAUUCGUCCUGGACGUAUUGAUCGGAAAAUUGAGUUGCCACGGCCGGAUGAGAAGACUCGGCAGAAGAUUUUUGGGAUCCACACAUCUGGAAUGACACUUCAAAAAGCGGUGACCUACGAAUCAGUCCUGGGAAAAGAGAAGAGUAUCAGUGGUGCCGAAAUUAAAGCCGUGUGCACCGAGGCUGGAAUGAUGGCACUUCGAUCGCAACGAAAAUGUGUGGGAGCCGAUGAUUUUGAGAAGGCUCUCAAGUCGGUGAUGUUGAGCAAAAAGGCUGGAGCACCCGAAUCUUUCUUCUCGUGA